AAACAAGCUUUUGUUACUUUCUGCCAAAUGGAGGGUCCUUAGUGAGCUCUCUCUCUCUCUCUCUCUCUUCUGUAAAUUUGCUCAGAAAAUCGAAGAAAAAGUUUUACUCCAUCAUCGUCUUCUCAAGCUUCUUCAGCUAAGUUCAAGUGAGUGAUUGCAUUUGCUUUACGUUUUGGACUUAAUUUUGAGGUUCAAAUUGCUUUAAAAGAAGAUUUAAAAGAAAUUGGAGUUCGAUUUUUGGAAUUCUGAUGUCUCCAUCGCUUCUUGGAGCUGGGGAGGAGGGUCAGAGCAAUGUAACUUUCUUGGCUUCUUCGGCUUCCAUGGACAGUGUGUCUCAGAAUGGGUCGGAUCUGAAAGAGCGUAACUACAUGGGGUUAUCAGAUUGUUCUUCAGUGGACAGCUCUACAAUCUCUACUGUGUCUGAAGAAAAUAGUGGCUGUUUGAAUUUGAGAGCUACAGAGCUGAGGCUUGGGCUUCCUGGAUCCCAAUCCCCUGAAAGAGUUCCAGAACUCCACUUGCUUAGCUCAGCAAAACUUGAUGAGAAGCCACUCUUCCCUUUGCAUUCUUCAAAGGAUAACAAUUACUUGUCCCAGAAGACAGUGGUUUCAGGCAACAAAAGAGGGUUCUCUGAUGCUAUGGAUGGAUUCUCCGAGGGAAAAUUUGCUGCUAAUACUGAGGUUAAUGCAAUGCUAUCACCUAAGGCUACUUCAAACUUGGGUGUGAAAUCUAGUAUUGCAAAAAGUAACUCUGGGACUCAGCUAUCCAAAUUGAAAGAGGUUCUGCCUCAACAUGCAUCUCAGGAGAGGCCUCGUGCUGCAAAUGAGAACGGUCCAAAUCGUACUGGUGCGCCAAAUGUCAAUAGCAGUGCACCCGCUCCCAAGGCACAGGUUGUUGGUUGGCCACCUAUAAGAUCAUUUCGGAAAAAUACUUUGGCCACCACUUCUAAAAAUGCUGAUGAAGUAGAAGGAAAAUCAGGGUCUGGUGCUUUGUUUGUUAAGGUCAGCAUGGAUGGUGCUCCUUAUCUCAGGAAAGUGGACUUGAGAACUUACUCUGCAUAUCAGGAUCUCUCUUCUUCCCUUGAGAAGAUGUUUAGCUGUUUUACCAUAGGUCAGUAUGGAUCUCAUGGAGCUUCGGGUAGGGAGAUGCUGAGUGAGAGUAAGCUGAAGGAUCUGCUGCAUGGAUCAGAAUAUGUUCUUACUUAUGAGGACAAGGAUGGUGACUGGAUGCUUGUGGGUGAUGUCCCCUGGGAGAUGUUCAUUGAUACUUGCAAGAGGCUCAGGAUCAUGAAGAGUUCUGAUGCUAUUGGCCUAGAAAAUUUGUUCUUGUGUGCAGCUCCUAGGACCGUUGAAAAAAGCCGGAACAGGAACUAGCUAUUAGCAUUUAUGCAUGAUGUUGCUAUCCAUCCACCAAUAUGGAAGGGUAAGAUUGAAAAGCAAAUCGCUUAGAUUUUUCUUGAAAAUAGGGCGUUGGAACUGGACAGCAGAUCAUGGGUAAAUGCCUUAGAUUAUUUAUACUAUCUGUAUUUUAAAUUUUCUGGUAAAUCAUAUUGCCGUAAGAUUUGUCUGUUUGAUCUAAUAUACAUAAAACUUCUAAGACCCUUUACCGAGGGUACUUCUGCAACUUAUGUGAUCUGCGUGGCGUGUCCUUGUUUACCUAACAGGACACUUAAUUCUUAGUAUCUGAAGUGUAAUGUUUGUCGAACAAUCUGGUUUCAUUUUGCAUUUAAUGAAAUGCCCAGUCUAAACUGUCCACGA